AUGGAGGCAUCACAUCCUAGAGCAAAGUUGAAAUACAAAUCUCUCGGCUCUAGAGCCGCGAUUCGGUUAGUCGUGAUACAUCCUGGCUCUGGGGAUGAGCCUAUCAGAUGUCACUUAAUACAUACCAAGCUAGGUGAAAUGGCUUACGAGGCAUUAUCCUAUGAAUGGAAGGAAGAAAGUAAUGACGAUCCGACAGUCAACGUGAGCGGUGAAAAUGUCACUGUUCGAAAGAACCUGCAUGAUGCUUUGGUGCACAUUAGGCUCCCCGAGACUGGGCUGCACAUAUGGAUCGAUGCUCUAAGUAUCGACCAAUCUGACACUUUAGAGAGAAAUGCUCAGAUCAAAAUUAUGGGGCAAAUCUACAGUGGUGCUCUAAGAGUUAUUGAUUGGCUAGGCAAUGCGGCAGAGAACAGCGACACUGCACUCAGGAUGCUUAAAGAGAUUGCUACUCACGCCACUCUCAGAAGGACUGAUGGAACGAACUCCGAUGAACACUCCAAUCAGCUUAUUAAAUUGUUCAACGGUUUUGAUCAUGGGGAAUGGAAGGCUUUAGUCGCUCUAUGUCAGCGUCCGUACUGGUCACGUAUCUGGGUAUUACAGGAGAUACAUCUGGCGAAAAGCUAUAAAGUACAUUGUGGCAAGGAAUCUAUUGGCGAUAGCGACUUUCAUGAUUCUAUCACAAUUUUUCACUAUGACAAAAUGAAGACAGAAAAUACCACCGAGUACUUCCAUAUCAUAAUUAAGAGCGCUGUGUCUGCGCAUAGACUGGCGAAGAAUCUUCCCUCCCAUUUUCACACAUUGCGUCGCUGGAUAUCUGCCACUUCGUCUGGAGGAUUUGUAUCUACAAACCCCCAUGAUAUGAUUUAUGCUUCGCUGGGAGUUUCAAGCGACUGGCAAGACGGUAGAGUGUUACUCAUGCCCAAUUACAACAAGCCAUUACCAGAUCUUUUCUUUGACGUAGUACGCAUAAUAAUGGCAAGGCCUCUUGGAAAGCAUUCAAUCAAAACCUUAAAUCGGCUGGCGGAAUGUUUUGAAUGCACCACAGAUCCGAAAGUCAAGAAAUUUUUCACGCAUCUAAAACCAGUUCCCAAAUAUUACUUGGCUCAAUUGCAAGAUUUGAUGCUAAGAUUCAAAUUCAAGGCGCGGAGGUCUCUCAAUUUGAAGCCCAUCGGCCAAUAA